AACGUUUGGGAAGCAUUUGGUGGAUGAAGUGCUUUCUGCCUAGCGAGGGUCCCAGGAUGUCUAGCUUCUGAUACUAAGGAGCCCUUUCAGAUCCAGGGACUGAAGGGUUAUUACUGUGGUGCUAGAGCUAUGCAGCUGGAGCAUUGUCUUUCUCCCUCUAUCAUGCUCUCCAAGAAAUUUCUCAAUGUGAGCAGCAGUUAUCCACAUGCAGGCGGAUCUGAGCUUGCCUUGCAUGAUCAUCCCAUUAUCUCGACCACUGACAACCUGGAGAGAAGUUCACCUUUGAAAAAAAUUACCAGGGGGAUGACGAAUCAGUCAGAUACAGACAAUUUUCCUGACUCCAAGGACACACCAGGGGACGUCCAGAGAAAUAAACUCUCUCCCGUCUUGGACGGGGUCUCUGAGCUUCGUCACAGUUUCGAUGGAUCUGCUGCAGAUCGCUAUCUGCUCUCUCAGUCCAGCCAGCCCCAGUCUGCUGCCUCUGCUCCUAGUACCAUGUUCCCUUACCCCGGCCAGCAUGGACCUGCUCACCCAGCCUUCUCCAUCGCCAGCCCCAGCCGCUACAUGGCUCACCAUCCUGUGAUCACCAACGGAGCUUAUAACAGCCUCCUGUCCAACUCUUCUCCGCAAGGCUACCCCACGGCGGGCUACCCGUACCCCCAGCAGUACGGCCAUUCCUACCAAGGGGCACCGUUCUACCAGUUCUCCUCCACCCAGCCGGGGCUGGUUCCCGGCAAGGCUCAGGUCUACCUGUGCAACAGGCCACUCUGGCUGAAAUUUCACCGGCACCAGACGGAGAUGAUCAUCACGAAGCAGGGGAGGCGCAUGUUCCCUUUCCUAAGUUUUAAUAUUUCUGGUCUCGACCCCACGGCUCACUACAAUAUUUUUGUGGAUGUAAUUUUGGCGGAUCCCAACCACUGGAGAUUUCAGGGAGGCAAAUGGGUUCCUUGCGGCAAGGCGGACACCAAUGUACAAGGAAACCGGGUGUACAUGCACCCCGACUCCCCCAACACGGGAGCCCACUGGAUGCGCCAGGAAAUCUCCUUUGGGAAACUAAAACUUACAAACAAUAAAGGAGCAUCAAACAACAACGGGCAGAUGGUGGUUUUGCAGUCCCUCCACAAGUACCAGCCACGCUUGCACGUGGUGGAGGUGAACGAAGACGGGACGGAGGACACCAACCAGCCGGGCAGAGUGCAGACCUUCACCUUCCCCGAGACGCAGUUCAUAGCGGUCACCGCCUACCAAAACACCGAUAUCACACAGCUGAAAAUAGACCACAACCCUUUCGCAAAAGGCUUCCGAGACAAUUAUGACACGAUCUACACGGGCUGCGACAUGGACCGGCUGACGCCUUCCCCCAACGACUCGCCCCGCUCGCAGAUCGUGCCCGGGGCCCGCUACGCCAUGGCCGGCUCCUUCCUGCAGGACCAGUUCGUGAGUAACUACGCCAAGUCCCGCUUCCACCCCGGGGCAGGAGCCGGCCCGGGGCCCGGCGCCGACCGCAGCGUGCCCCACACCAACGGGCUGCUCUCCCCACAGCAAGCCGAGGACCCGGGGGCGCCCUCGCCGCAGCGCUGGUUCGUCGCCCCCGCCAACAACCGCCUCGACUUCGCCGCCUCCGCCUACGACACGGCCACCGACUUCGCGGGCAACGCGGCCACCCUGCUUUCCUACGCGGCCGCGGGCGUCAAGGCGCUGCCGCUGCAGGCGGCCGGCUGCGCGGGGCGGCCGCUGGGCUACUACGCCGACCCGUCGGGCUGGGGCGCCCGCAGCCCCCCGCAGUACUGCAGCAAGUCGGGCUCCGUCCUCUCCUGCUGGCCCAACAGCGCGGCGCGCGUGGCCGCCGGCAACCCCUACCUGGGGGAGGAGGCGGAGAGCCUGGGCCCCGAGCGGUCCCCCUUGCCGGGCGCCGAGGACUCCAAGCCCAAAGAUUUGUCCGAUUCCAGCUGGAUCGAGACGCCGUCGUCCAUUAAGUCCAUCGACUCCGCCGAUUCUGGGAUUUACGAGCAGGCCAAAAGGAGGCGGAUCUCCCCCGCGGACACCCCGGUGUCCGAGAGCUCCUCGCCCCUCAAGAGCGAGGUGCUCGCCCAGCGGGACUGCGAAAAGACCUGCGCCAAGGACAUCGGCUACUACGGCUUCUACUCGCACAGCUAAGGCGCGGCCCCGGCCCCGCCGCCCUUUUGCACAAUGACUCCUCGGCGAUAGCGCGCUGACCCCCUCCCCCCCCGCCGCCCCGGCCCGCGGGGAGCGAGGCAGAGCCUCCCCCGCCCCGCUCCCCGCCCUGCCCGGGGGGCGCCGACACCCGCUGGGCAGUAGGAUGCUUAGACUCUCUCACACCGUACAGCGCUUCCUUCCUUUCACCGCGGAUGGCUACUAGGGGAUGACAGGAACAGUGGGGGAAAAGAGCCUGUGAAAUGCCUGUACAUAGUAUUUAAUUUAUUGUAACCGAUUACUUCUCUUUGGUUCCGUUUCCUUCUUACUUGUUCGGAUUUUUUUUUUUUUUUUGUUUCAUUGUUAAGUCGCAAAACUUAGAUCCUGUUUGAAUUUCUUUACAUUCCCCCCUUUGCUCCCUCUCCCCUCCCCGGGUAAACCCUCUUUCGAAACGCCUCUGGAAAUUCAGAGUGGGCCAUAGCUGGAGCAGAGAGGGGUGGGUUUCUCACUUUCUCUGCAAUUUCUCGCAUGAAAUAAUUAUCCGGUGCCCUGGGCUAAAGCAGCUGAGGAAUAGCCGAGCUUUCCCUUCAAAAGAACAGAAAUACACCUCGCAGGAAAGUCGAUUAAAGUAGCAUGACGCCUUCCAAAAGCAAAAUUAACUGCCUCUCUAUUUUUCUUUAAAAGGAAUAGCUCGACAUCAGCAAUAGUAUUAUUUUUGUGGUACCCCCCCGCCCCCAAGUGCCAAAUCCAUUACUGGUCCCUGCAGGUGCCAAAUAUGCUGACAAACUCUUCAAAUUUCUUUGCAGUUUCCCCCUCUUUCUUUAUAUUGCUGUAAAUCUUUGUAAUGAAUAAUCUAAAAAAAAAACAAACAAAAAAAACCAAAAAAAAAAGAUAUAGACAACUGAAUUGUUGGUAACCAUAGUGUAGUCCAGUGAAGAUGAAUUGUGAGUUGUAUAUUUUACUGCAUUUAGUUUUGGAAUUGACUUUUUCAUAAAGUAGCUAACCGAGAUCUGACUUCCUGGGGAAUCAAAUGCACAUCGAUAGAACGAGCGAUCUUUCCUGUAAACCUCUUAUUAUAGCAAAGAAGGAGAACUAAUAUCCCUCCAGGUCUCCCCCCCGGCGAAGCAGAAUAGUAAGUCUUCGAAUUCUGAGUAGCAAAUCUAUACAAUUAACGCAUUUUUAUAUGGGGAAAAAACCCAAUUACGAACUGAAAUAUGCAUCAGGUUAAAUAUUCAGUCUAGAUUACACUCGACGGGGAAAUUUCCUAAUAGAAAUUCAGGGUCAUAAGCGUGUGUAUAUUUUUGACUCUUCUGUAAAUCGAAUGUUGUGAUUUUUAUAUUUGUUCUGUUACGUCUGUGGAACUGAAUAAUUUAUACCAGUACAUGCUCCAUUGAGAAAUGUUUCGGUUUUUGCCCGUUUGUAUCGUCUGUGUAUAACGAGUAAAAUAAACCUGGCAAAACGUUCCACUGGUGUCGGAAGGAGCCCUCGUGCCCGGCGGGGCUGCGCACCCCCCGCCUUCCUCGCCCUCUCGCCCAGCAUUUGCCUUUCUGGGGGGGGGAGAGCGUUUGGAGAGGGGCGAAACCCCGUCGGGUUUGAGAGAUUUAUAAUUAUCCCUCUCUUUGACGC